AUGAAACGUCGAUCUCAGCUGACGAAAGGGGAGCGAGUUGUACCACCCGAAGAGUCCAAAGCACCUGGAGUCCUAAUUUCCAAAGAUCAUGCCGUCUGGGCAUCGUCAUCCGGAGACUUUCCAGGCUCUCCCUCUGCGCAACUCGCUCAUUUGAAUCUGCUGCUCAGGCCGUGGCCGCGCCUUGUCGAAUCUCACAAUUAUUCCGACUCGGUCCAUCGCGACGCCAUGAAUAAGACACUGAGUUCGAGCGGUUCUGAGAACCUGGGCGCUUCUAUUGCUAUGCUGCUCAUUUCAGCGAUCGCUGUUAUUCUUCGACUCUCAUUCAGAAUAUCAGCGAGGCAAAACUUGACUGUUUCGGAUGGAUUAAUUGUAUUAUCGCUGCUAUUCAUGGUUGUCUACUGUGCCAGCAUCAUCCACUAUGUUACUGCGGGCCCCGGUCCUGGUACCUUCGAUGUGGGACAAAUAAAGGCGAACGUGAAGAACGGUGGUCUUCGCUGGGGAAUCGCUAUGGCUAAGACCCUUUACCUUUGCGACAUCUUCUUCAUUGCGACAGUCUCCACUGCCAAAUUGUCGAUUCUGGCACUCUAUCGUAGUAUCUUCGGGGUUUCCGUCACUUUCAGACGUGUGAACUACGCUAUGGUUGCUUUUGUGUGCUUGUUCUGGAUUGUCUUCACAUUUCUAUAUAUCUUCCAAUGCAGUCCUGUCCACAUGGUCUGGGAUGCUUUAGCCUCACCAGUAUACUGCAUGUCGAGUGGAAAGCUCACUCUCGCCUUCGAGCUCACCAACCUCUUCGUCGACGUCACCAUGGUGGCUAUGCCUCCUUUCAUGAUCGGCCAGCUCAAUCUCCGCAGCGCCCAGAAGUAUUCAGUCAUCGGCAUUCUUCUCCUUGGAGGAGUGGUUUGCAUUGUCAGCAUGGUCCGCCUGGCCUACAUCUGGGUCCCAUCCAAUCCUGAUUUCAUGAACACUGCCCCAGCCAUGGUGGCCUCGAGUGUUCAGCUCGGUAUUGCAAUUCUAUGCGCCUGCUUCCCGACCUACGCGCCCCUACUCCGCUUCUGCUCGGGCGCCCGCAAGGCUGACUACAACAAUACGCCUGGGAAAUAUUACAAUUACGGAUCGGGGGUUCAAAAUAAUAGGCCUAAACCGGUGAUGAAUUCUAGACACACUGCUACUGAAAGCGAAUACGAACUGAACACUGCUUCGGAAUAUGAGCGUGCUUAG